AUGUUUCUUCUCCUAGAAGCAGCCGCAGCCGCGGGGCCUGGCGAGGAGACCACGAGGGCCUCAGCCUCCCGGGGCCUGCCCGCCUGUACUCCCGCUUCCGACCCCGAGCCCGAGCCCGAGCCCGAGCCCGAGGAGGCGCCCGGCUUAAGCCAAUUGCCCAUCGAGAUGCUCCUGGAAGUGCUGAGCUACCUGCCCGCCAGCGUGCUGCUCGGCCAAUGCCGCCACGUGUGCCGCUACUGGCGCUCCCUGGUGGACACCCGGGCCGUGUGGCUGAGCAUCUUGCCCUACAGCCACGCCAAGCUGUGGCCCGUCUUCCGCACCUGCCUGCCCCCAGACGACGAUGACGACCCCAGGCCCUGCGUCCUGGGCCGCUUCUGCGAGCGCAGACCUUUAGGACGCAAUCUCUACCCGAACCCCCGUGGCAUAGACGCCUUCCUGCCUUGGAGGACAGUCAACUGUAGAAGCUGGAGAGAGGAGGAAAGCUGGGAGGAAGACCGCAGGCUAGUUCCCGAGGACUCUUUCCGGGCUUUCUACAGGUGGUGUUACAAGAAGCAAGUGUUGGACCUGGAGAAGGAGGGUCUAUGGCCGGAACUCUUGGAUAGUGGAAAGAUUGAGAUUUGUGUCUCUGCCUGGUGGGCAGACCAAGAAGCCUUGGUCUGUCUGUAUGAGCUAAUUGUGCGACUUCUAGAUGCCAAGCAGGCCAAGCUACAUCAUUUCUCUCCUAGUCCAAUCCAUCAAGGUAGAACCAGUAUCCCUUUUAAGACCAACCACGUGUUCUCCAACCUCAAGAAGGGCGUCCGCUUUGUGUCUCUGGAACACUGGAUUUGGGACAUGGGGUUCCUGCCUGAGGACUAUGGAAUCACUGUGCCCAAGGCCAGUGUGAUUGUACGGGUCUGUCAACUCUAGUGGAGGACUGUACUUGUUAAACCACCUACCGUGCCUUCCAGACCAUUGGCUGGGCCACCUCAAUAAUCAACGGCUUGUAGUUCCUGGCAUCCUGGGAUCUCCUGGGUCCAAUCAGGGGUUCUACCGGGCCCUGUCUUUAAAUUCUACGAGAAGCUAUGAGAAGAACGCUUUUACAUCAGGUCUACUGGCUGCUGCUGCUCUAACACAGCCCCUGUUCUACGGAGUGGAGACACACGGGUGAACACCGGGAAAUGGUGAGAGGGCUUCAUUGGUCACUUCCAAGAAGCCCUCGCCUCACCUCUGAACUAGAAGCUCAAUCCCCGUGGCUGAGUAAUUCCAGCCCCUAAACUGUGAUUUCAAACCUGGGACCAAGACUCAAGAGCUGAAAGUAAAACUAGCUCAAAAAAUGUUGUGGAGGCAGAGGGUUCUGCCCACCCUGUGAGCAAUGAAUUGGU